UGGGCGACUACUUAAAGUAAUUUGUACUACGUAUAUUCCGGUCGAUACGUAUUCCUCUUUGGGUCUCUUCCUCUUUCCGAUCUGAUGUCUGUCUAUCGUCGAAGAAAAACUGAGAUUAGUGAGCUGCCGGAAGAGAUAAAGGAAGGGAUUUUGGAGCGAUUGCCCACUCGAGACGCCGCCAGAUGUGCUCUCCUCUCAACUCAAUGGAGGGAUGCUUGGUACCGCCAAGGGCGGCUCUCCUUUGACUGGGAGUUCUACAGCUCCAUUGAAAACCGUAACGACGACUGCUUGUCUGUUGUGAGCAUAAUAAACGACAUUCUCAAGCUCCGAGUCGGACCCGUUAAGAAAUUCACGUUUUACGGUUCCGCCUCAUCUGACCAGCCGCUGGAGCAGUCUGAUUUAGACCGGUGGUGUCUUUUUCUUUCGAGAAACGGCGUUGAGGAACUUGACCUCUCGGCUCCUCAUGACGGAACAGAAUAUGAGGUACCAUCCUGUCUACUCUGGUGCAAGACCAUCAAGCAACUGGAUCUUGAUAAUUUCGUUUUUUACUUGCCGGAAAAUGCUGCCCGUAUAUUCCCCGGGCUGACUUCGUCAGAUUUCAGAUGGGUUAUUUUCAGGGGUAAUGAUAAGGGACUGGUCUUUACCAUGCCCAAGCUUGAGAAGCUGGCAUUAACCAUGUGUUCUGGUACUCCUAAUUUUGUCACCAGCGCUCCCAAACUUAAAAGUUUAAACAUAUGUCAUUUUCAAAGUUGGACUCCAAUCACAUUGCUCCAGCUUCACUUGAGUUGUAUAAAGACCCUCUCUCUCUAUUUGUGUUGGAAUACUAAGAAUACGGCUGUUGUGGUGGCCUCAGCAGCCUUCCCAACUGCAAUAAAUCUGGAAGAAAUCAAACUUGAAGGCUUCAAUAUUGGUUUUGGGAAGCAUCUUGACUUUGCUGUCCAAUUGCUUAAAAAAUCCCCCAAGCUAUCGAUGCUGGAGAUUCAUAUUACGAAAGGUUCUAAAGCAUCUGAUUCAGGACUUUUGGAAGACACUAUUGAAGAUGAUUUGAGGAUGCUUGAGACCGUGAAGCUCAAUGGGUUCAGAGCAUCCGAAAUGGAACUGUGCCUUGUAAAAUUACUACUCUCCAAGUCGCCUGCACUCCACCACAUUGUCAUUCGUGCAGCUCGAAGUAUCAAUGACUCUUUGCAUUUCAAGGCCAAAAAGAAGCUUUUGAACUUUCCUCGUGCAUCUCUCAAAGCACAAAUUGUCUACCAUUCAAGGAGCACAAAUUCUUAAAAAGAGGAUCUCAAGGUGCAUCAAUGACUUUGUAGUAGCAUGUUAAUAUGUUGUGCACUUAUAUGAAUAUUCUACCUAAUUUGGCUGGCCUGGUGUAUAUGUCUUUCUAAUUAUAUAUCGAUCAGUACAUGCUAAUUGAUGCUACUUAUUUGAUGUUUUUGAGCCGCAUUGGUUAUAAGGUUUCUUCAC